CAGACAGAAGCCUCUUAUCCAGGUAAUCUCCUGGUCCAUCUGUCGGUUCAUCAGCCAUCACUGAGCACUUCCACCGAACAGUGCAGCAUCAUGCUGCUCUCUCCUGCAGCUGAGCGCAGUCAGGACGGUUUGCUGUCGGUGCUCUGGGAGCUACUGGAGGAUCAGUCUCACCGUGAGCUGUUUGGUCUUGAGUUGGGAUCAGGCACAGGGCAGCAUGUGGUGCACUUCGCUCAAGAAAUACCCUUUGUCACGUGGCAGCCAUCAGACAUCAAGGAGGAAGCACGAAACAGUAUCAGAGCUUAUAUAGGGGCCACUAAAGCAAAAACAGUGCUGGAGCCGGUGUAUCUGGAUGCCAGUCAACCCUGGGAGAAAUGGGCAGGACUUCCACAAAGCUCCUGUGACAUUAUUAUGGCAAUCAACCUGCUUCAGUACAGCCCCUUCAGCACUGCAGAGGGUGUGUUUAAAGGAUCUGGGCAGAUACUGAAACAGAACGGCCUUUUAAUGACUUAUGGACCGUAUGCUAUCAAUGGAACCAUCACCCCAAUCUGCAAUGAACAGUUGGACCAGACAUUACGCCAGAUGAAUCCGGAUUGGGGUCUUCCAGAUAUCGAUGUGCUCAGACAGCUGGCGUUCAGUGACGGAAUGAGAAUGGAACGAAUGGUGAGGGGCAAUUAAUGACUUAAUUUCUGAAGCCUAUAAACAAAGCAUCUUUUGGUUAAUGUCCAGAUCACUUGUUACCCUAAAAUCAAAAAGAAAAUAAAGCCUAG